UAUCAAUGGCAGCGGCCAGCAUUACCGGGAGGAUGAGAAACAUAGUGUUGUUGUUGUCGUCGUCGCUGCUUCUGCUGAACGUCCAGUAUGUCCAGUCCGCAUCGAAAGGCGUCUCUGCCAGUCUGAAAGCCAAGUGGAGCAUGACGCCUUUCCUCCUGGAGACAAGUGAGUUUAUUGCAGAGGAUGGAAAUGAGAAAUUCUGGGACUUUGUUGAAACUGUGAAGGAGUUAACAGUUUACAAAAAUGGAGAGUCUGUGCGCUCCUAUUACAACUUGGUAAUCAAGAAGGCUGGACAGUUUUUGACGGCGCUCCAGGUCAAUCUCCUCAAAUUUGCUCUCUCCUUGAGGUCCUACUCACCAGCUGUUCAUGCAUCCCAACAGAUAGGCAGUGAUGAGUCUCCGCCUGAGGCAUGCCUUGCCUUUGUUUCGGUCCAUGGCCAACAUGGCUGCAGCACAAAGGAUUUGAAGAAGCUCCUGAAGGCAGCUGCAGGCAGGCCAAAACCUUAUCUAUACAAGAAUGAGCACAGAUACCCUGGACUCAAUAAGACAGAUGUCCCAGUUGUGAUCCUUUAUGCUGAGAUCGGCACCAAAAAGUUUGGCUCCUUCCACAAGGUGCUGGCUGAGAAGGCUGCGGAGGGCAAGCUCAUCUAUGUGCUGCGUCACUUUGUAGCCGAGCCAAGGCCUCAAAAGAUGCUGUUGUCUGGAUAUGGUGUUGAAUUGGCCAUAAAAAGCACUGAGUACAAAGCUGUGGAUGACACACAAGUAAAAGAUAAAGGAACAGCGAACACUGAUGAGGAUGACAUUGAUGAAGUCCAAGGCUUUCUCUUUGGGAAAUUGAAAAACUCCCACCCAGACCUGCAGGAGCAGCUAGGGGAGCUCCGGAAGCAUCUGUUAGAGAGCACCAAUGACAUGGCUCCUCUCAAAGUGUGGGAGCUUCAAGAUCUAAGCUUCCAGGCAGCGGCCAGGAUCAUGUCUGUACCAACGUUUGAUGCUCUGAAGCUUAUGAGAGACCUCAGUCAGAACUUCCCCAGCAAAGCCAGAUCACUGACAAGAGUGUCUGUGAACCAAGAAAUGAGAAGAGAAAUUGAGGAGAACCAAAAGUGGCUGAGUGAGACCAUGGGGAUCCAUCCGGGAGAUGGAGGCCUGUUCAUCAACGGCCUUCACAUUGAUCUGGACGUCCACAACCCCUUCAGCAUCUUGGACACUAUCAGAGGAGAAGCCAAGAUCCUGGAGGGCCUCCAUAACCUAGGCAUUAAGGAAGAGAACCUAGGCAAGCUACUGAGACUGCCCAUGAACCCAGUGGAAGAAAACUAUGCCUUAGACAUCCGCCAUCCAGCUAUAACGUGGAUUAACGACAUCGAGACAGACUCCAUGUACCGCAGCUGGCCCUCCGGUGUUCAGGAGCUCCUCAGAGCCACGUUCCCCGGAGUGAUCCGCCAGAUUCGACGCAACUUUUUCAACCUGGUGCUGUUGCUGGACCCAGUUCAGGAAGAGAGCAUUGAGCUGGUGAAACUGGCAGAGCUCUUCUACAAACACAAGAUUCCUCUCAGGAUCGGAUUUGUGUUUGUCGUCAAUACUGACGACGAAGUCGAUGGAACUACGGAUGCUGGAGUUGCAUUUUUCCGGCUGCUGAAUUACAUCGCCGACGAGUAUGAUUUAUCACAGGCUCUCAUGUCUAUGGUUUCUAUGUACAACAAAGUGGAGAUCGGCGAGGCAUUGUCUGUUGACACAGUGUCUGCAUAUCUCAAGAAGAAGUUCCCCAAAGCCAGUGCUGCAAGGAUUCUUGGGGAAGAUUCCGAGUAUGAUGACAAAAGAAAGGCAGGGGCAGUGUUCUACAAGAAGAGUGGCUUGGGCCCUCUGCCUCUGGCUCUGUUCAACGGCGUCCCACUCAAUGCUGAGGAGAUGGACCCAGAUGAACUGGAGACUGUCAUCCUACAGCGCAUCAUGGACACCACCAACUUCUUCCAGAGAGCUGUCUACAUGGGCGAGCUGACUGAGGGGACAGAUGUGGUGGACCAUCUGAUGGACCAGGCCAAUAUGGUACCACGCAUCAACCCUCUCAUCCUCAGCACUGACAGGACCUAUCUGGAUCUCACAGCCUCUCCAGUUGUAGAUGACUGGGAGGACACCACAAUGUUCUCAUACCUGGACUCCAAGGACAAGACUGCUGUCAUUGCAAAGAGAAUGAAGUAUUUCACCAAAAAUGAUGAGGAUGGGAUUAAUGGAGUGACUGUGUGGAUCGUUGGGGAUUUUGAAAAGGCCUCAGGGAGAAGACUGCUGCUGAACGCACUGAAACACUUGAGGGCCAGUGCUGGUGUGCGUGUGGGGGUGAUUGAUAAUCCCAGCGGCGGUGCGCCCAGCGAGGACAGCACUGUGCUCUACAGGGCAGUGUGGGCCGCCCUGCUCACCCAGAAGAACAAGGCCGCAGUGGAGUUUGUGCAGAAAAUCCUUAAAGAGGAAACUGUCCAGCUCCUUCAACAAGGAACCAAGAUGAAGAACCUACUGCUGAAGGGCAUGGACGCGGACGCCUUUGAGAAGAAGUUCAACACCAUGGAGGUGGAUUUCAUUCGCAGUCAGCAGCUGUUCUGCAGAGAUGUCCUGAAGCUGCACACUGGACAAAGGGCCGUGGUCAGCAACGGCAGGAUCCUGGGGCCAUUUGAAGACGAGGAGGAAUUCAACGUGGAGGAUUUCCAUUUGUUAGAGAAGAUUACGCUGAGCACCACAGCCGAGAAAGUCAAAGCUAGAAUCAAGCAGAUGGGAAGCAAGGGAAAGCAAGCCAGCGAUCUAGUCAUGAAAGUGGACGCCCUCCUCGCCGCUGCCCCCAAAGGAGAGGGCAGGAGAGACUUCCGCUUCGUCAAAGACGAGCACAGCGUGCUCCAUUUCGCCCCUCGGGAAGACGAGGUGUUCUACGACGUGGUGGCCAUCGUGGACCCCGUGACCCGAGACGCCCAGAAGAUGUCACCGCUGUUGAUUGUGCUCAGUCAAGUGGUCAAUGUGAAACUGCAGGUGUUUAUGAACUGCCGGGCCAAGCUGUCUGAUAUGCCCCUCAAGAGCUUCUACCGUUUUGUGUUGGAGUCGGAUGUGUCUUUCCUGGCCAAUGAAACAGUGUCUGCAGGACCAGUGGCUCACUUCUUGGAGCUCCCUGAGUCGCCCCUCCUCACCCUCAACAUGAUCACCCCAGAGAGCUGGAUGGUGGAGGCUGUCAGGAGCCCCUAUGAUCUGGACAACAUCCACCUACAGGAGAUGAAAGGUGUAGUGACUGCAGAGUACGAGCUGGAGCACCUGCUGCUGGAGGGCCACUGCUUUGACCUGUCUACGGGCCAGCCCCCCCGCGGCCUGCAGUUCACCCUGGGCAUGAGCCAGGACCCCCUCAUGCAGGACACCAUUGUCAUGGCCAACCUGGGAUACUUCCAGUUGAAAGCCAAUCCUGGAGCCUGGAUCUUGAAGCUACGGGAGGGGAGGUCAGAGGAUAUCUAUCAAAUUCUAGCGCAUGAUGGGACUGAUUCUCCCGCUGAUUCUGGUGACGUUAAAGUUGUGCUGAACAGCUUCCAUAGCAAGAUCAUCAAAGUCAGGGUUCAGAAAAAGUCUGACAGAAUCAGCGAGGACCUCCUAAGUGAAGCCACAGAGAACAAGGGAAUAUGGGACUCCAUCGCAAGCAUCGCAGGUGGUGGGUCCAGUUCAGAGGACGGAGAGAAGAACAGGGAAGAUGUGCUCAACAUCUUCUCUGUGGCCUCGGGCCAUCUAUACGAGCGCUUCCUGAGAAUAAUGAUGCUGUCCGUCCUCCAGCACACCAAAACCCCUGUGAAGUUUUGGUUCCUCAAGAAUUACCUCUCUCCGUCCUUCAAGGAGUCCAUACCUUACAUGGCUGAGGCCUAUGGUUUCCAGUACGAGCUGGUCCAGUACAAAUGGCCCCGCUGGCUCCACCAGCAGACUGAGAAACAGAGGAUCAUCUGGGGUUACAAGAUCCUCUUCCUGGAUGUCCUCUUCCCCCUGGCUGUGGACAAAAUCAUCUUUGUGGACGCUGACCAGAUAGUUAGGGCCGAUCUGAAGGAGCUGAGGGAUUUGAACCUGGAUGGCGCCCCCUAUGGGUACACUCCCUUCUGUGACAGUCGGAAGGAGAUGGAGGGCUACCGCUUCUGGAAGACUGGCUACUGGGCCUCACAUCUGGGGAACAGGAGAUACCACAUUAGUGCUCUGUAUGUGGUGGAUCUGAAGAAGUUCCGCAAGAUAGCAGCAGGAGACCGACUGCGUGGCCAGUACCAAGCCCUGAGCCAGGACCCCAACAGUCUGUCCAACCUGGACCAGGACCUGCCCAACAACAUGAUCCACCAGGUGGCCAUCAAGUCCCUGCCCCAGGAGUGGCUUUGGUGUGAGACUUGGUGUGACAACGCAUCCAAGACCACCGCCAAGACCAUUGACCUGUGUAAUAACCCCAAGACCAAGGAGCCCAAGCUGUCGGCGGCCGUGAGGAUUGUGCCUGAGUGGGUGGAGUAUGACAACAAGAUCAAACAGUUACUGAGAGACGUCCAGGAGCAGAAAGACAAUGACCGAGCGACGCAGACGCAGAGCCCGAUGCCUGCACCCUCCUCCUCUCCAGAGAAGACUGGCAGUGAGCGUGAUGAACUCUAGCACCUGCCCACACUGCUGAAGAGGAGAGAGGCAUAUUUGCACCUAAUUCUCCGAUGAAGCUUGAAGACUACAAAGAUGAUGUACAUUUCCCACAAACGUACUUAGCCAAUAAGUAUUACGCCCUCCCUUGGAAAAGACAGAGGGAUAUGAGAAAAUCUUUUUUUUACGAAGGAAAUCAUUUGACGUAACCCUUUCUUGUGGUUUAAUAUAAACUUUAUGGACAGUAGUUUGCUUCAUGGUCUUCUCUUAUGUAAAGAAGUAAAGGGUUAAGAGGUCACUGUUAGUGAAAGCUAUUUGCAGUCUGUAAAAGGCAUUUGAAAUGAUUGCACUGAUACUGUAUGCAAAGAAUCAAAUGAAUACGGCUCAUUCAUAAGCUGACUUUGGGUUCUCUGUGCUCUGUUAAGAUCAGCUUACAUUUGAAUUUUUAUAUGACAACAUUCUUAGCAUUUUCGAGCACCAAGCCACAUCUAAAUUGCCUGGCAAUGUAGGCUGCUAAUGGGCCUUUUAGUUUGUCUGUUAUUGAUUAGUGUGAUAUUGCCAUUGACUUAAAUGCCCAUCAGCACUUGGAGACAAUGUUACAUUUUGAUAAUUGAUUUCUUGCACUACUUGCAAACAAUUGCAAUGGGGGCUCACAUGGCUCAUAUCUGUACAUUAAUGUAAUCUGCUGUAUAGGGGACGUAAUCAACACUAUACGCACUGUGGUCCGAGAGUCCCACAAUGCUGUCUGUCUGAAUGAUUGCUUCACCAACCAUUUCAAAUCUCUGCCAAGUGAUGCAAUACUACAAAUGCUUUGCCAGAUAGGGAUCACCUUUUCCUGUAAACACUGGGAGGACAUGGAGCUCAGCAUUUCACUAUCCAUUUUCAAAUACACAUACGUCACAGUAAGGUACAAUCUCAAACUAUUAAGUUCUCAUUGUUUACAUACCUUGUGUUUGUUGGUUAAAGUAUGUAUAUUUUUAGACUGCAUUUUUCAAUACCUUGAAAUGUACAGCAAAUCCUCUCAGGAAUUAAAUAGGUGUUGAUGCAUUAUCAAAACUCCUUUUAUACCUGUCACUGUCUUGUCUUAACAGCCAAUAGCUUGCUCUUAAAAAGUUCAGCUUUUCACCUCACUGUGUGUCAAAUGAAGGUGUUUCUUGUCUUUGUCAAUUUCAGCUGUGAGGAAUAAAAUCUCUUUGCUACCAAAACCUCA